AAACCGGUCAGACGGAGACGGGCAGUCGAUUGCUACCGGUCAGUUAUGUGAGGUGACGACGAAUGCUUCCAUUGGGAUCUGGAUUGCUGAUUGGCUUUGUGUACAUUCUCAGUUGCUAAUUGGUUAUCGCGGUGCAUUGACUUAGUUUUAUAAGCGGUCUUAAGAUGUUGUUAUGCUUGGCAUUGGCUGUGAUCGGGUUUUGGACUAAAGCCGAUGCGCAAACUCAGUAUCGCGGAAGCUGCAAUACACCGGUAAAGGCGCCGGGAACUUGUGUCCUGGUAGUGGAAUGCGACUUCAUACGACGAGUGUUGGCGAAGCCGAUUUUGGAGAAGAACGAUGUUCGUUACAUCGAAGCCAGCCGAUGUGGGACUCACGAGGGGAAGGCUCUCGUUUGCUGCGCUCGACCUACGGGAUCAACUCCCAAUCCUGCCAGUAGUUCCACCAAUGGUAACACCAAUAAUAACGAUAUUGACAAUCGAUUUAGUUCGGGUUUAUCGUUGAACGAUCGGCUGAAAUUGCUUCCGCAAGUACCGAAUUGUGGCGUUCAGUACGAUGAUAGAAUCGUCGGUGGGGAACGUGCCGGUAUUACGGCCUAUCCCUGGAUUGCAAGAAUUGAACACUACGAUCAGCGAAACAAUAAAUACGCGUUUCACUGCGGGGGAUCGCUAAUCAAUGAGCGAUACGUGCUGACAGCGGCCCAUUGUUUGUCCGGAAUUCCCAAGGGAUGGACUAUCACUUCCGUCCGACUUGGCGAAUGGGACACCGCAAGCAAUCCGGACUGCGACGAUGGCGAGUGUUACGAUGUCGUCCAGGACAUAGCCGUCGAAAAAGUGAUCAUCCACGAAAACUUCAUCAACUCGCGCACUGAAGUACACAACGACAUCGCCCUGCUGCGAUUAGCAAAACCAGCUGUAAAUUCGGACACGGUUACGCCCAUUUGCCUUCCUUUGGACAGCAGCUUCAGGAAUCGGCCCUCAGAUGGAUCAAGGCUGUUUGUUGCCGGUUGGGGUCAAACAGAAAUGGAUUCUGGCAGCCGCUACAAAUUGCACGUAUCCGUGCCGAAAGUGACGAUACAGCAUUGCCAAAACAAAUACCCUGCAGCCAACAUUGACGAACGGCAGAUCUGUGCCGGUGGCGAAGCCGGUAAAGACUCCUGCCGAGGCGACUCCGGUGGUCCGUUGAUGGAAGUCUUGCCACCCACGAGACAACAGCCGCAACCGGCUUUCUACAUGAUGGGUGUGGUUAGCUUUGGCAGACAGUGUGGAUUGGCCGAUGUUCCCGGAGUUUACACGAAAGUCAACCACUUCGGCGAUUGGAUAUUGAACCAUAUUGAGCCAUAGAUUAUGCAAAUAAAUUCCGGAUAAGUACUUAACCUA